GAGAGUCAUAGAAUCAAAUCGAAGGGUGUAGCCGCCACCGCAUGUUGUUGUCUUCUUCCUUUCCAUGUCCAUGCGGCUUGUUCCUUUGAGCCUUCCCUUCAAAUCCAAGCACAAAACCAAACACGGCUUAACCUUUGCAACCACUGCACUCGCCCACUCUGAUUCCGAUUCUCCCUCUCUCUCUCCCACCCAUUUCACCAAACUUCAACAAUCUUCAUCUUUCACACACCUAACCACCUUCAACGUCCUUCAAACUCUUCACCACUUGCACAACCACCCUUCUCUUGCACUCUCCUUCUUCACCCAACUCCAACAGCGUGGCUUUCCUCACACCAUCUCCACCUACGCUGCAAUCAUCAGAAUCCUCUGUUUCUGGGGUUUGGAUAGAAGGUUGGAUUCUCUCUUCCUUCACCUUAUUUCUCUCUCCAAACAACACCCUUCUUUUCAAGUUUAUGACUUGUUUGAAGAACUCUUGGUGGGGCUUAAUGGGAACAACCAUCAAAGUCAACACUACUUGCUUAGAGCUUAUGAUAGUUUUGUUAAAACUUGUGUUAGUCUUAACAUGUUUGAUGAGGCUAUUGAUUUCUUGUUCCAAACUAGGAGGCGUGGGAUUGUACCCCGUGUCUUUACAUGUAACUUUCUCUUCAACCGUUUGGUUGAGCAUGGUGAGGUGGAUAAAGCAUUGGCCAUUUAUGAGCAACUCAAGAGGUUUGGUUUGAUUCCCAAUGAUUACACCUAUGCCAUUCUCAUUAAGGCGCUUUGUAGGAAGGGUGAUUUGGAACAGCCACUUUGUGUGUUUGAAGAAAUGGAGAAAGUUGGAGUCACCCCUCAUUCCUAUUGCUAUGUUGCUUAUAUUGAGGGGCUAUGUAAUAAUCAUAAGUCUCAUUUGGGAUAUAAGGUGCUUCAAGCAUUCAAAAAGGGGAAUGCUCCUAUUGAGGUUUAUGCCUACGCGGCUGUUAUUCGUGGGUUUUGUAAUGAAAUGAAAUUAGAUGAGGCACAGAGUGUAUUCGAUGAUAUGGAAAGGGAUGGGGUGGUUCCUGAUGUGUAUGUUUAUUCUGCAUUGAUCCAUGGGUACUGUAAGACUCAUAAUCUGCAUAAAGCUAUGGCUUUGCACAAUGACAUGAUUUCGAGGGGUAUAAAAACAAAUUGUGUGAUUGUUAGCUACAUCCUUCAUUGUUUGGGUGAGAUGGGCAUGACUUUGGAAGUGGUAGAUCAGUUUAAAGAAUUGCAGGAAUCGGGCAUGUUUCUUGAUGGGGUAGCGUACAAUAUUGUGUUUGAUGCGCUAUGUAAGAUGGGUAAAGUGGAUGAUGCAAUAGAAAUGGUGGAAGACAUGAAAGGUAGGCGUAUCGUUUUAGAUAUUAAACACUACACGACCCUUAUCAGUGGGUACUGCCUUCAGGGUAAACUCAUUGAUGCCUUCAGCGUGUUUAAAGAAAUGAAGGAAGAGGGUUUUAAACCUGACAUUGUCACGUAUAAUGUAAUGGCUUCUGGGUUGGCUAGAAAUGGUCAUGCUUGUGAGGCAUUUAUGCUUUUGGAUUGUAUGGAGAAUGAAGGUGUGCAGCCAAACACUACUACACACAAGAAGAUCAUUGAAGGUUUAUGUUCAGGAGGAAAGGUUUUAGAAGCUGAGGCAUAUUUUAACUGUCUGGAAGGCAAGAAUGUUGAAAUCUAUUCUGCCAUGAUGAAUGGCUAUUGUGAAGCAGACCUUAUAGAAAAAUCCUAUGAACUUUUCCUUAAGCUGUCAAACCAAGGAGAUAUUGCAAAACAAAGUUCCUGUUUUAAGUUACUUAGCAAACUCUGUGUGGCAAAUGAAACUAACAAAGUCAUUGUGUUACUUGAGAAAAUGUUGCUGUUGAAUGUGGAACUUAGCAAUAUAAUGUGUUCUAAAGUAUUAGCUGCUUUGUGCCAGGCUGGGAAUAUGAAGAAAGCUCACUCUUUGUUUGAAAUUUUCAUUCAGAGAGGAUUCACCCCUAAUGUUGUAACUUACACAAUUAUGAUAAAUAGUUAUUGUAGGAUGAAUUGUUUGAAAGAGGCUCAUGACCUCUUCCAAGACAUGCAGAGGAGAGGGAUCAAACCUGAUGUCAUUACCUACACAGUUUUACUUGAUCAGAACUUAAAAGCAAAUUUAAGAAGACAUUUCUCUCAUUCACAUGGAAAAGGGAAGACAACACCAUUUGGUAUUUCCACCAUUUGGAGAGAUAUGAAGCAAAUGGAAAUAAGUCCGGAUGUUGUUAGUUACACUGUGUUGAUUGAUAAUCGCAUGAAGACAAAUAACUUCCAAGAAGCAAUUAGUCUCUUUGAUGAAAUGAUUGACAGAGGACUAGAACCAGAUACCGUAACAUACACUGCUAUGGUUUCUGGCUUCUGUAACAGAGGGAACAUUGAGAAAGCUGUUAUGCUUCUUAAUGAAAUGUCUUCUAAGGGAAUUCAACCAGGCUUGCAUAUCAUCUCGGCUUUAAAACGUGGUAUUGUGAAAGCUAGAAAAGUGCAAUUUCAGAAGUAGUUAAUCAGUUUAGACUGUUUGCACUUGGAUUUAUUCCAAUUUCUUAAUGCCUAAAGGUUAGAAUGAGAAGAGCUUUGCGAAUUGCAGAUUGGUUAAAUGUACAUAGCAACCUCUGGCUUUUAGGAGCACAACUAGAGACUCAAAAGCCAUUUGACAAUUCUAGCUAGCAGGAAGCUCAAUGUUGGGUACAAUUUUCAGUGUGGCACGACUUUUUUUGAAUGAUUUUACACAUGUUUGAAAAUGGAUCCCAGUGGUAAUUUAAUUUCAGUAGGUACACUGUCACUAUCACUGCCUUGAUGGUGGUAUUAAAUAUUGGGCCUACUGGUCUUUUGGUUUCCUGAUUGAUGAAAUAUGCUGAUAAUAUUGUAGAGGUAUCUCAUAUGGCCCUUACACUAUCUACAUACUUCAUGUACUUGUUCUAGAUCUUGGCAUUGAAAUGCUUCUUUAUGAAUAAUAUGUUUUUAAGAGACGAAAUAAUUGUAAUCUGACACUGAAACGAAGACUGAAGUAUGAUAUGAUAUGAUGCCUUCUUUUCUCCCCUAACAACCUUGUUUGCUUUCCUUAUGUUUAUUCUGUAACAAUGAUGAUGCAGCUGAAUACUAUCAUUUUUCUCUUAAACGUCAAGCCUACAUUGCAGCUUUUCUUGGACAUCAUUAUUGUAUGAUAUCUCUGCACACAUUUCCCCUCCUCCCCUAGCAAAUAUACUUGUAGAUACGCCAUUGACUGUGAAUCAGAUAAGGGUGACUCUUUAAAGUUUCUGUCAUUCCAUUGAUUGAAGAACACAUUCGUGAUGUUAUAUUGCUAUCUGAAUACAAUUAUUUGUGAAAGAGAGAAGUGGAGAUGAAACAAUAUACCCAAAUAUGAAGAACUUGAUCAUACUUCGGCUUUGUUUGACAUGCUGACCCAACGUAAAUCUAUCCUGUUUGCCUAGCCUUGGCUGCAUCGUGUGAUAUUGCGAAUUGCCAAAUUACUUGGGACAACGGAACCACCAUAUACCUGCUGGUUUGAAUGUGCUUCAUAUCAUGGAGUCUUGGACCUCAACUUCUCUUUAUGAUCAUAUGGAUUGAAGGUAGUCACAAAGGAACAGAUUAAGACGCGUUUCCUGCAUUGCAUUAUCAGCCAAUAUAGUGGCAAAGACCAGAGGGAUGGAAGAUUCCUUACAGACAACUCUACAGCCUGCACUGAGGGUAUCACCAUUGCCUUCCACAACGAUUGCAGUGAAUUCCAACCUAAACUUCAUGCUUCUACCCAACUACAGCCGGGAUUUUUUCUUGCUCCACUAGCUAACAUGGCUUGCCUCAUCUCAUUGGCUUCUACAGUCCGACCUGCAGCAACAUAGAUAUCCCGCAGGAGAAUAUAGUAUCCCGCUUCAUCUGGUUUCAACUCCAACAAUUUCUUUAUAACCUUUUCCCCCAUGUCAACAUCACCGUGAAUCCUGCAAGCUCCAAGUAGUGCUCCCCAAACAACAUCAUUGCUUGGAAUUGGAAUAUUUGUAAGCAGAUCAUAAGCCUCCUGUAAUCGCCCUGAACGUCCCAACAUAUCUACCAUGGCACCAUAAUGCUCAAUCCUGGGUUCAAUCCCAUAGUCCCUUUCCAUGCUCUCAAACAAUCUAAUUCCCUCAUCCACCAACCCCUUAUGCGCAUAUGCAACCAGAAGCGCUAGAAUCGUCACCGAAUCAGGCACAACCCCAUAACGAAUCAUCCAUUCAAACAACCCAAAUGCAUCAUCAGCAUUUCCAUGGUUUGCACACACCGUCAUCAUCGUAUUCCAUGUGAUCAAGCUCCUCCUCGUCAUCCCAUCAAACACACGCCAUGCCUGCGCCAAGCAUCCACACUUCCCAUACAUGUCAAUGAGAGCAUUGCAAAGCGCAACCAUCCACCCAAACCCAUUCUCGUCCACAAACCGGUGAACCAUCCCACCCGUUUCCACGUCUCCCAAACUCGCACAAGCUGAGACCACACUCACCAAGGUAACUUCAUCCGGCCACACCCCGGCACGCCUCAUCUCUCCAAACAACUCCAGCGCCUCUCUGGGCUGCCUUGCACGUGAAUACCCUGACAACAUAGCAGUCCAGGAAACCACAUCCCUUUGAGGCAUUUCAUCAAACACCCUGCGGGCAACGUCCAACUCACCAGCUUUUACGUGCGCAACAAGUAACCCCGACCAAGACACAACAUCAACAUCCAAACCCAGUAGCAAAAGAUCCUCAAAAACCCUACGGGCCAAAAGGGUCACUCCCCAACAGGCAUACAAAUGUAUCAACGCGUUCUGCACGUGUAAGUGGCGACAAAAUCCGAACUUCAAAACGGCGCCGUGUAUGUCACUAUGGUGGGUCAAAGGGGUGGUCCUCGAUCGCGACUUGAGCAAGAAGGUGAAGGAAUAGUGAUCUGGGGCAACGUCGUUUUGCCUCAUGAGGUUAAAGAAGAGGGAAGACAGAGAAGGGGUGGCGGAUUGGGAGUGAGCGCGAAUGAGAGUGUUGUAGAAGAAGGUGGUUGGGUGGGGCAUUUGAUCGAACAUGCGGUGGGCGUAGGGUAAGUCGCCUAAGGGGGACACGGCGGCGAAGCGGAAGAGCUUGCCGAGGACCACCGCGUGUUGGUGGAGGCACGCGCGCAAUGCGUGAGCGUGGAGGAGCUUGAGGUCUCGCAUGCAACUGCACUUCUCUGCCAUGUUAACGAGUGUUGAUGCCACAGUGGCGGUUCCCAUUUUUGUUGCAACGCAAUGCUACUCAGACAAGUCAUAAGCUUAUCAUCAGAAUGACCCAGAAAAAGAUUGAUCGGGAAAAUAGUGAGUUUGAGUUUGUGUUCUGUUAAAAAGAAAUUUUGAUUGUAACAUCGCAAGUUCAAACCUGGAUCUGCUUCAGUAUUACUCACAUUUAAAAUGACUACCUUGCCCUU